GCUAGGCUAGGGGGAAGGGCACAGGCAGGACGGUGUGUGUGCCUGUUUGCAUGCAUCCCUCCCUCACUGCAGAUUGAACACGGCUCUUAGCACGGUAAAAGACUUUCAAAUACAACCACCAAAGAUCCUGCUUCUGCAAACGCAGGCCAAGAGAGCAGCCUUUACAAAAAUGGCAAGCGAGGACGGUUUCAGCUACCUCAUGGCAGGUCAAAAUGAGAAACACAGGCGGGCCCCGAACUGGACCGACGGCGAAAUGAAAGCCCUCCUGUACGUGUGGGAGGACCACCACCACGAACUGAAAAUGAGCAAGAGGAACGCCAAGGUUUACGAGAAGAUGUCCCAGAGGUUUUACCAGCUGACCGGAGAGCAGCGAUUCAAAGAGGAGAUCAAGAUGAAAAUCACCAACAUGUCAUUUCAAUUCAGGCGACUGAAAACCGUAGUUUGUGAAAGUGGGGAGACGCCGGACUGGCCGUAUUUCAAGGCCAUCGAGAAAAUCCUCUCCAAGCCGCUGGAUAACGGGCGGGUGAACUCUUUGGAGUUGCAGGACUCCGCUGCAGGUCCCUCCACUUCCUCCCAGUCUACAGACAACCUGGCGCCCCAGUCGGAGGAAGGGGUGAUGGGAUUCCUGCCAGAGUACACAGGCUCCUCAGAUGAGAUGGAGAUCAAACAAGAGCUGGACUCUUUGAGCUCUGACAGUGAGACGCACACGCAGGGCUCCAGCUCUCACCCGACUUCAGCCAGGAAAAGGCAUGCCAACAAGCACCUGUCCAUGAAGAGAAAGAAACUGCGGGUGAUGCAGGCCAUGUUACAGCAACAAAAGAAGUCGAGCCGGGCCAUAGAGGAGACGUGCAGGGAGGUCCGACGCGUCAUGCACCAACAGAACCUUCUGCAGGUCCAGUGUCUGCAGCUGCAGGAACGCAUGAUGAACCUUCUUGAGAAGAUGAUCCAGCCUCCUUCCGCCACGUCAGCAUCGUGGGGUCAGAGUGGGGUCAAAGAUCCAGUGAAGCCAUGAAGUGUGUGGGUUCUGGUGCACAGAGGGGGAGAUCAUGAUCUUGCCUCACUUAUAGCCUUGUUAAAGCAAGAAUAACAUAUAUUUAUUAUGGAUUUUAGUUCAAUACAGAACAUGUUUAAGGUCUAUAAUGUUGCAUAUGUCAAAGUGUAUCUCUUAUCAGUGCCGAGAGGUACAAACUUAUACUGUUACGAUUUUUAAAAGUGUCAUCAGCUUGAAUAUCAUUAAGGGCAUGGACCAUGUUAAUAACCAUAUUGACAAAUGAUGGUACUUAAAAAGCAUCUAAUGUUUGUCAGGCCCCAAUGUGUGCUUUUAUUGUAAGGAUAGCUGUAUCAGAUCUUCUGUCGUGAUAAUUUGUCAAGUACCCUAUUAAAAUCCCUGUGGGAACAACAGUGUUGCAAAAAACCACACUUAUCUUGUCACAUUUUCACUGUGCCAGGAUAAUUACGAGUUGAAAAACUUUGAUGCCGAAACAGAGCAAUGUGUAGUAGCAUUAUGAAGCAGAAGUUGAGGCAAUAAUGAAGGGAUUGGAAAUGUUGUCAGCAAAUGUCAAC